AUGGAGAACCUGUCUGAUGUCACAGUAUUUACGCUUUCUGGAUUAAAUGAGACAAGACCACAUAAAUACAUAGUUUUUGCUUUUACUUUUCUCUUUUAUCUACUGAUCUCUUUCCUAAAUCUAACACUUAUGGCUACAAUCGUUCAGGAGAAAUCCCUCCAUGAGCCCAUGUACAUAUUCAUCUGUAACUUGAGUGUUAAUGCACUGUAUGGAACUGCUGGUUUCUAUCCUAAACUCCUGGCUGACUUUCUCUCUGAUACCCAUGUCAUCUCAUACAGUGGAUGCUUUAUCCAAAUCUUUGUGAUCUACUCUUAUAUUUUCUGUGAAAGUACCACUUUAACAGUGAUGGCCUAUGACAGGUAUGUGGCAAUAUGCAAACCCCUAGAGUACCAUUCUAUCAUGACUUAUUUGACCGUUUCGAAAUUUUUGUUAAUUUCUUGGGUUUUUUCUUUCUGUGAUGCAAUAAUUCCAAUUUCGUUAGCUGUUAGACUGCCUUUAUGUGGGUCUCACAUUGACAAACUCUACUGUGAAAACUGGUCAGUUGUAAAGCUGUCUUGUGUGGACACGACUAUAAACAAUUUGUGUGGAUAUAUUUUAAUACUUAAGUAUAUUCUACAGUUCCUUUUUAUUGUAUAUUCUUAUAUCUUGAUUAUCAUAGCUUGUUUAAAGUCUAGUGAAGGAAGGAGUAAAUUUAUGCAGACCUGUAUGCCUCAUUUGAUCUCAUUAAUCAGUUUCAUGACUACAUUCCUCUUUGAUGCCCUGUACACUCGAUAUGGCUCUAGAAAUUCACUACAGACUAUUCGCAAUAUCAUGGCAGUGAAAUUUCUAGUCAUCCCUCCCCUUUUAAAUCCUCUCAUAUACGGUUUAAAUCUCACUCAGAUUCGCAGAAAGUUUUUGAGAUUGUGUAAUGGAAGUAUAAAGCCCUUUCAAUGA